AAAAGUGAAGUGCUCAUGCUCAUGCUCACGCUCAUGCUCACUGUACUACGUUGCGCACUCUUCACUAUUAUUCGCCUUGCUGACUGCACACUAAGUACCUACGACUCAGCAUCCGCUACGCUUUCUUCACCUCCAAAUUAAUACCUUUUGUCCCUUCCUUUCCUUCUUCCUUGCUCCGUCCUCAAAGCUUUUUCCCUUUCCCCUCCUACCGCCUCGCCGCAUUUCUCGCAUUUCUCCUUCCUCGACAGAGAUUUCAAUUCACAUCCAAAUCUGAAAUCUCGUCCUUCACUCUUACCUUUCCUUAAAUACCCCUCCAGAACACCUGUCGAGGACAAUAAACCACAUCUACUUGAUGAGUACCCUUCGUCCUCAAUUCCUAUCCUAGUCGCAUCGACGCCUGUUCGGGCUCCUCGUCCGGACAACUAGUCGCCCUUCACAACCAUGCUGUCCCGCCCUGUCUCCGAUAUCCGCAAGGAUUUGCCAUCUUCCGAGGUACGUUACUUGUUUCUUGUUCAGUAUUUGUGUCACUUUGUCUUGCCUCUUGCUGCAACCCAUCCCCCAUCCGCCACGGUGGCUACCCAGAACCGCAUCUCUGUGGGACCUGGAGCAGAGCACCCGACAGCUGUUCACUCCACCAUCACAAAUUUCCAAGCCUCUGUCAGCCCCAUGCCGUAUCAAUGCGGCGACCUUCGUUGGGCCUUGACUCGACAAUCAACCACAUUUUCACGACUCGAGUUCAGCUCUGCAACCUGAUCCGCACUAUGUGGUGAUUAUGUGUUGCUCUUGCGACAUGCAGCCAAAGCCCUCAAGUCCCAACCCAAAAAAGCCCGGAACUCGGUUAAUGGGUACCAGUCACCCUGGCAUUAAUCUUUCGCUUGACCGCGUGUUGCACUCUUGCAGUGGCUUCGAUCUUAGGCCGGAUUUGGUCCCUCCAACACCCCUACUCCCGCCCUAGAGCCAUCUAGGGUGCCUCUGUCUGCACCACCCUCCGCUAUUUUGCGACCACAUCUCUCGACUCAACCCUUGGCAACACUUGUCAAUUCCUGCAUCCCAUCCUUUCUGCACCAAUCACCGGUGUCGCCUUAAGUCAUUCAUCCACCGUCUCCUUCAACCACUAUCUUUACCCUAUGGACUUCAUCAUCUAUAACCAUUUUUGGUCUACCCCACCUACCAAUUCCACUUCAUGUUAUUGGUCCAAUUCAUCUUCCUUGAUUAACAUACCAUUCCCGCCUCCCGAGCUACCUCCUCCCUUCACUGGUCCCACCGCUAUCAUUGGCGCUCUUGCAUCUACCGUCCACACUGACCCCUCGCUUGACCCUGUCACCUCACUUGCUUCUGCCCUUGGGGACUGACUGUUUCCUAUCGUCCAUUCACGUUACUCAUCAUGAAAUACAUUCUUGCUGACUAUACCCCAAUAGCGCCCGAGAUCCCACUGGGGUUCUCCUUUUUCUCAACCGAUGCGGCAUACUUAUCAACCUACUCAACAUGCACGUGACGCCAUGGAGGCUGAAUCCUCGGAUAGUGAUGUCUCCUUGGGCGGUGGCGAUGAUAGAGGUUUGACUGCUCCUCUACCUCUACCUCCUCCGCCGUCAAAGCAUGCACUCGAGUCGUCUGAUGGCGUUCAGCAUCGCCUUGACCAAUUGUCAAAGGUUGAAGAAAUGAACAUCAGAAAGUAUGAUAUCCUCAAAGCCAAGCGAAAGCGAAAGGAUGAAAGAAUCCGACAUAAAAGAGACCUUCAAGAUCGAAAGUGGGCCACUAUCACUGAGGCUCGACGCCGUCGCGAUGCAAGGAUCGAGGCUCGACGCAAGCGAGAAGAUGCUGCAUUCACCCAAUUCUUCGAGCAUGAUCUCGAGGAUGAAGAAACGAAUCUCCGGAAACGACUCAAGCGGCUCAAGAGAGGUCUACCUCCGGACGAGUCCCCUCAACCAUCUAAUUCACGAAUCGCAUCAGCGUCCAUGUCUCCCCCUGGCUCGGGUCUUUCCACCCUGCCGCCGCCUUCUAAGCGUCACCAGGCCGGUCCUCCUGGUCAUCUGGAAUCAUCAAGCGGGCAUUCACGACUUGCUGAUCCAGCCAACCUACCCCCUCCGCACCCAAUCAAGACAGUUGUCUCGAAUCCUCCUUUCUCUUACUAUCGAUCCUCAGAGAGUUCCAGCUACUCACGACCUUUCCAUCAAUCUCCAGCGUAUAGCACUCCGAGUUCCGCCUCGCCUGCUAGCGCGACAAAUGGUCUGAACUCGACUUCUCAGAACCCAACCGAUAGGAGCUCUCUUGGCCAGGUCUCGCGCUCUGAUUCACCACACACAAACCGCGCCACAACCACCCGCUCUCCUGCCACACCAAUCGCUAGCUCAAAUACCCUAGCUCGCCCUGCAAGCUCCAGUUAUGACACUCGCCCUCCACCUACGACAGGCUCAUCUGGAUUCGCUACCGUGAACACGCCCACUAGCUCAGGGUAUGCCGCGAUAAAUCCGCGUGGCCCUGUACAUCCAGCAUCUUCACACGUGAGCCCACACAUGGGAGCUACACGAGAUGCAGACAGUCACCAGAAGACAGCAAAUCAACAGGGUGUGGCACCAAGCACAGAGGGUUCUCGCUUCCAUCCGUACAGCAGCGCAACAACAGGGAGUCCUUCCACCACAGUCACCGCGACCACCACCCCGACGACCACCAAUAAACGGACCCCGUCCACCACUCACCCUUAUCAAAUGUCCGAAGCCUUCGCCAACAGACACCAUCACUGCGAACGUGUCGAUGUUUUGAACCGCGGUAUCUGGACCUCGUAUGGGGUUGGCGGUACACAAGAAAACCCCACUGGACCACCAACCGAGAUGUACUUACGAUGUAAUCAUGAUGGGUGUUCUCGCAUUGAUUGGCGGACAGUUCAUGGCCUGCAAUGUCACAUUGUCAAGAACCAUGAGCAGCCUAAGGGGACCAUCGGUAGUCUCGACAAGGCUCUCGAAAAGUAUGGAGUGCCGGUCAAGGAAGUUGAGAAGCAUGAAAGUGAGCAUGGAAGUGGCUCAGCCGGCACAGUUGCCGAUCCCAAGAACCAUAAGAUCAAAGUCAAGACGAAGGAGCAACUGAAUUAUGCUGGUAAAAGCACUCCCACGUCGCAAGGUGUUGAUCUCCAAGCGAGACCUGCAGGAUGGCGGCCAACACCCUCACCUGGAGGCAGCCCUCCUGUUACGGAAGAAAUCAAGCGCAGCCCGCUUCCCGGCUUUACCAAUGGCUUCAGAAAAGAAAAUUUGGGUGCCACGAAAGACAACCAGGCCAAGCCGGUGUUGCCUCGUGUUAGUGCAUCCCCAAGCAUUACUACAUUUUCGAGCAUCACUGGAACCCAUGUACGGUCUGACUAUAGGUCUGAUUGGCUUGGACGGGUCAACCCACCAACGUCCCAUAUUGAACCAGAACCCAAGAAGCUCCAGGGCGACAUUGGAUCAUCGGAUGGUUCUCGUCUCCAGACGCUACCCCCAAUCUCGAGUUCAAUUAUCCAAGCCCCAAGACCAGUUGUCGCAAAUGAAGCUCGCCCGUUGCUUUCGAAUGCACCCUCGGGCCCGAAGCCCGCUGAGGCACCAACUGAAGUCAGCAGCAACCCACGGCCUGCUGAACUCCAAUCGUCUUCGACUACCGUUCCCGCGACCGACCCCAAAGGACCUGUUGCAAGCGUGGUGGAACCAAAGAAAGAGGCAGGGCCGUCUGAAGUUGGCGUCCCCAGACUAGCCCAAGAAAAGGUGGCUGAACGCACUACUGGAGAUGGCGACACUGUCAUGACUGGGACAGAGAACAGUGCACCGGACAGACCUGAUGCGCAGAUGCCGGGAGGAUCUGCACCCGAGAGCGAACAAAAGCCUGAAGAACCCACCAACGGGCUGAAAGAGGUAGCCGAGGACCAGUCCGAGACAAUCGUUGUUGACGGCGAUGCAAGCAAAACAGCUCCCAGUGUGGAGUCGAACUAUGGCAGAAGAGGUCUCGUGCAGUCGCCUACAUUAUCGAACAAGACGCUUCCCGCGGUCACACCCGGCAGUACUGGAAGACGAUUGAGUCGACGAUCAAGCACAGCAGCUCGGCAGUCAGUCGAGGCUGGAGACCUGAUAGAAGCAAGGGCUAGUUCAACAACUAGAGACGAUGAAAAGGACGAAAAAUAUUUCAAGGAUGAUCGAGACAAGAGUCCUCCACGACGAGUUCUACGACGCGGGCGGGUGUAGGUUGAUUGUGAUCUAUUCUUAAUUUCCUAUGCAACAGGAUUGUCAUGAGUCAGUAUUACCCACAUUUUCGAAGUUGGCAUCGAAAAGUUUGGGGCUGCAACCAUUGUUAUAUCGGGGUACGCAGGUGAGCCGUGUGAGCUUGGUUGGCUCUGGCUUUUAGCGGAAAUGGAAACACGGAACAUGAACCGGCUUCAACUUUACUUGAGAGAAGUCUACUCUACAAUGAUUUUUUGUUGGGGUCCAGUGAGUGAAGUGAUCCAGGUAUUAUGAUGAGCUCGAGAAGCCGAUGUCUUGUAGACGAUUGUCGUCCAGGAAGGAAGCGGCGUUGGGUUUGAACUGCAGCAUUUGAACUUCCAACCAUGUGUAGCAACAAGUCAUUAUGCAUAGACAUGGCCCGGUACAAAAGUAUUUGUUUGUUAAGUUAGACAACGGAUGAUCCGCGUGGCCAUGUCAUUGGUGGUUUCUACGCCAGCCAACAAAUAAUGCCUCUACUGAGCUGGUAUUGGACCCCCGUUCCACUUACGGUUGGAGUGGUAGAUAGGUGUAUGAAAUCUUACACCGUCCAGAAAUCGCUCUGGGAUCUGAUUGGAGACUCGAGCCAAUAGUUUAUACCUGACAAGGCUCGCAUGGAAUGAGG